UGUUGUUGGCUUUGUUGUUGGCUUCACUUGUUCGCCCUCCCUCCGUCUGUUCAUGGUGCUCUGCGUGGACUCGUGGAGCUCUGUGUCUCGUCCUUCAGGCCACACACGGUGGCCGGCGAGUAACCAGUGUUUACCAGUGCUUGGUUCCACUGUUCUAUUGUCUAGCAGCGUGGAGCGCACAAAACACGACGCCGAGUCAUGUCAUCGUAGUAUCGUACAGUGUAUAUCCUUGUCCAAGAGGCUCUACCUCUCAGCCUCAGCUGUUGAACUUUUGAUGCCCACACCUAGAAGCAAGAAGGCUCCCUACUCCCUACACUGGACGUCACACCCCCUUGCUCUCCUCUGUCCGUCCAUCGCAAGUCAUUUUACAGUGACACCCUACACCAAGACUAUGCACACCUUCAACCGACUGCCGCCAGCGCACCGAGUUGCCACUCCACCACUAGAAGGGAAGGCCGGGCUCGGGGGCGGGAGCAAGGCGACGGACCAAGUCCUUGCGCAACUCGGGGAAGAUGACGCCGGUGGUGACCGAGGCCAUGAAGAUGCCGAUCUCAUCCAUGAGCGAGGCGACAAGGAAGGCGAGGACAAAGCAGACAAUAAGGAUCACAACAAAGACCUCGAGCUUGUGGCGAGCAAUGUAGAGGUGGUCGACGUACAACAGACCAACGCCGUCAAAGAGCCAGGCGAAUACGAGACAGACACGGGCAACGCCAGCCCAGCGAAAGUCGCCCUUGUGCUCGAUGGACGUGAUGCAGAUGUAGGCAGCCACGCAGCCGACGAAGAAGGCGACAGUAGACACCUUGGCGGCGUUGGGCACCUGGGCGGCCGCGACGGAGGCCGCAUUUAGGUUGCGAGCAUUGGCUGCAUUACGAGCAUUGGCUGCAUUCCGAGCAUUGGGAUCACCGUUCGGCGCCAUGGACGUGGCGUAUUGUGGCGGCCAGCCACUGUUUUGGGUGGUGGGUGGUGGGUGGUGGCGGAGUGGCGACCAGGUUUGUGGAAGUGGAAGUGGAACUUUUGCGCAAAAGCGGGAAAAGAGGGUGAGAAGGAGUGGAAGAGUUGGGGCGGGUUUCCACAGGAUUUAUGCUUUUUCCAAGGACACGCGUCGAGGCGGCUCCUAAGAU